UUCUGUGUUUCUAAUUGUUUAAGUGCUAUUGGAGGCUUUCAAGACAAGGGGUUCAAGCAUUUGUUUGGCACUACUCAAAAGUGAAAGUUGAAUGGGAAGGGGAGGGGAUGGAAUGCUUAGGAUAUUGAUCUAUCUCUGAUGAGGUAAAUCAACCAUUUAUUUCCAUUAAAACUUGGGAUACAUUGAUCAAUCUUUGAUUCCAGUUACACCAAAUCAUUUACUUCUAACAGAACUGGUCCAUCUCUUAUAUCCUAUUUGCUUCUGACCUUUGCUCGAUCGCUAGUUCAGAUAAUGCUAUGGCUAAAAUGAUAGUGAUGCAAGUGGGCUGACAGUAGAGUAGUGGAGGAUGAAGAUAUGGCUGAAAAUGAGACAUCUGAGAGGACUUUAGAUGCCCCAGAUAUUUUGGAUGAUUACUACUUGAAUCUACUAGAUUGGGGAAGCAUCAAUGUUCUCUCUAUUGCUCUUGGCAGUACUGUUUACCUGUGGGAUGCUUCUGAGGGCAGCACUUCUGAAUUGGUCACAGUUGAUGAUGAAUUUGGUCCGGUUACGAGUGUUAUAUGGGCUCCCGACAGUAGGCAUGUUGCCAUUGGCUUGAAUAAUUCUGAUGUCCAGCGUUGGGAUUCCACGGCUAACAAAUUGCUAGUUGGUGAAUUCGAUGAGCAGUGGACAAAUGGAAAAUUUGAAGGAUGGGGGAAUGAUUAUCAGGAAAAUGGUAGUGCUCCAAUGGAUCAUACUGUGAUUGAUCUUGACUAUUAUAAUACGGUUGAAGAAUUGAAGGAAGUUGGCCCUGAUAGGCUAAAGGAGGCACUAGCUGCUCUAGGAUUGAAGUCAGGAGGUACCAUCCAGCAGCGUGCCGAAAGACUUUUUCUUACUAAGCAUACACCUCUUGAAAAGUUGGACAAGAACCAUUUUGCAAAAGGCACUCAAGGUUCAAGGCAGAAUGGUGGUAUUGCUCUUUCACAUGUGAACAGAGAUGCAAAAGAUGUUGCGUUUAUGGAAGCAAAAUUAAGAAAGCUGUGUGAUCUAAUGGAGGAGACAAUAGUUCUUACCAAGGAAAAUGUUGAGAAGAAACAGGCUCAGACUUAUGGGGAAAGGGAGGCAGAACGGGAAGAGGAAGAAGAACAAGCAGAGUUAGAGAGUGAUGAUGAAGAUCAGCAGAUUUAUAACCCCUUGAAGUUGCUGAUGGGAUGGGACGGGAAACCUAUCCCUUACUGGUUAUAUAAACUUCAUGGGCUUGGUCAGGUAACAUCAUAAAUUCCUAAAUUUUCACUUUCUAUCUUAUAGUCAGCAUGUUCGAUAAUCUCCGGUGGAGCCAAAGAUUCACUAAUUUUUUGGCGUUGGGGCAUGAUGGAGUAAUGUAAAAUGGCUUUUAAACUAUUUGUAUUUCUUUUAAUAGUGAAAUAGCUAGCUUGAAGUCACCGGAGAUAGCCGUGGUGUUCGUUAGAAGUUUCACAAGAAAUUUUCCAAACCCUUCAUUUAAGCUUGAAGUAUGAUUUAUGUUAAAGAUGGAAUGUUCCCUGAGAAGCAGCAACACAGAUGAGAUGUACAGAUGUGGGCUCAAACUAUUGAUCAAAUAAAUAGAAGUUUGAACGAAUGAAUUUUGGUAUUGAUC